AUGGACAACGUGAAAUCGCGCAGCAAUGAUGAGGAUGAAGAGCUGCACUCUACAGACCCAGAGAGUAAAGAGAAGAGCAAGGACAAAAAGACACUGUGCAAAGUAAAGUGGUCCCGCGAUGAGGACGAAAAGCUGAAAAGACUUGUCGAGCAGUAUGGAACUGAGUCCUGGAAAUUAAUAGCCAACUUUUUUCCAGGGAGGACAGAUGGCCAGUGUCAGCACCGCUGGCAGAAGGUGCUCAACCCAGAGCUGGUGAAAGGACCUUGGACAAAAGAGGAGGAUCAAAAGGUUAUUGACCUGGUACACAAGUAUGGCCCCAAGCGCUGGUCAGUGAUCGCAAAGCACCUCCAGGGGAGGAUUGGAAAGCAGUGUCGUGAACGGUGGCACAAUCACCUCAACCCAGAGGUGAAAAAGUCCUCAUGGACUCAGGAAGAGGAUCGAAUCAUUUACGAAGCCCACAAACGUCUGGGCAACCGCUGGGCAGAGAUCUCCAAGCUCCUUCCUGGGCGGACGGACAACUCCAUCAAGAACCACUGGAACUCCACCAUGAGGAGGAAGGUGGAGCAUGAGGGCUACCUGCAAGAAGACUGCAAGACUUUGACUUCCUCUCAUACUGGAGCGAAGAGACGCCACCACAGGCUGUGUCCCCCAGCUCCAGCAGAGCCCCAGAACUGUGAUCACAGUCCUCUGUCGAUACCUGGACCCAAUCAGAUGGGAGGAUAUUCAUAUGAUCCUCACACUGGACACAUGAUGGACAGUCUUCCCGAAAAUUCAGGCUUCAUACCGAGCUUGGAGCAAUACUCAGCCUGGUCAGAAAGUGUGUCAGAUGACGCAUUAACCACAAGUAGCAGCAGCCUGGAGGAGCAGUCAGAGAGAACGCCCUGGAAGGGCCCUGAAAUUCCCCCGGGUCCUCCAGCACAGCUUCCUGUCUCUCCCAGCAAAUUCCUGGCUGUGGAGGCCAGCACUGUGCUCUCCACCCUGCAGACUAUACCAGAGUUUGCAGAAACCAUGGAGCUCAUUGACUCUAUGUGUUUUGCUCUGCAGGACCCUGUUGCAUGGAGCGACGUGGCCAGUUUCGACCUGUCAGAAACGGCGACACCACCCAGGCACAAUCAGGCAGGCUUCACCAGUCUGCUACAAGAGAGGACGAUUGAUAAUUCAAUGGGCUACACAGUCAACACUUCGACAGCCAUUUCAGGCCGAGACAAGAGCUGUGCUCCAUUUGGUCUGGGCAGUGUCACCUCCCUGACUCCCAUCAGUUCUUCCAAACCCUCCCAGGCAUCCCACGGGAGGAAGAGGAGAAGAGAAAGGGAGGAAUCGUCUCCGUUGUGCGACAGGACCUGCUCCUCCUUCAUGGAAAAUAUCUCAAAUUCUCCCAAGAAAACGCCCACAAAGUCACUGCCAUUUACCCCAUCACGAAUCUGCAAUAUAUCAGGGGCGGAGCAUCUGAAUCUGGAUAACCCUGCCCUCACCUCAACUCCCGUGUGUGGCCAAAGGUGUCUCCUCUACACGCCGCUCCACAAAGAAACCACACCUAAGCACCAGAAAGAGAAUGAUGGUCCGCGGACCCCCAAAUUUCGUAAAACUGUAAUGAUUCCAACCCCGAGGACGCCGACUCCUUUCAAAAAUGCUUUGGCUGCCCAGGAGAAAAUGCACGGGCCCCUGAAAAUGGAGCCGCAGCCUUUGGCUUUUCUAGAAGAGGACAUUCGAGAAGUUCUGAAGCAGGAGACUGGAUCAGACAUCUUCAACAAAGCAGACAUUCAGCCAGACUACAGAACAUGGAAAUAUAAUAUGGAUGGUCCAGCUAGGAAAGUGCGCAAGUCCCUUGUGCUAGACCCUUGGGAGGAAGACUGCCUCAACACCCCUCUCUUCCAAGAACAACUCAACAAUGCACAAGUGCCAGACGAAAGUCUGCUGACCGGCUCCUCUCUGAUAACCCCGAUCCCCGAACAAGAGGAGUGCAGCCGCCCUUUGACUAAUGGUAGGGAGGAGCCCUCGCUGGUCCCUGUACAUCCCCAUCGCUUCACUAGCCCGAGGGUGAAGAAGCUCCCCAUUUCCCACAAAGCAACAAAACACGCAACUGUACAGGUGAGUGAUUGGGAAGCAGUGGUUUAUGGGAAGACAGCAGACCAGCUGAUUAUGACAGAGCAGGCCCGCCAGUAUCUGAACCCUUACCCGUCGUCUGGCUCUACCUCAAGGGCCCUUGUGCUUUAAAGCCCCCCCCCCCCACCUGACAGGCAACACUACUCCGCCCAUCCAACAACUAAAACCUCCACUGAAUCCUGUAAGAGACAAUCCAGUGAAGACAAAUUAUUUUAUUUUUCUUUUGACGCAGAAAUGCACUGCCAAGGACGUCCACACAAAAAAAAAAAAAACAUGGCUGCUGGGAUUGUUUUUAACACGUUUCUAGAUGACUGCCCAAGUGCUUUGUGGUGUAUAGUUUUGGCCUGUACUCCCUUUUCGAACACACACAACCUGGCUACAUGAGCAGUUUUGUACAGAUAUGAAAACGGCUAGAUUUUGUUUUCUGCACUAGUCAGUAACGUUGAAACAACCCGCACAUACAGUAGGCUGUAGAAAUAGUGUUUAUUACUAGCAGUGGCUGCUUCUGAGUUUUAUAUUGUUAAUAUAUUGUUUAAAUAACAAGAAAGACAUUUUAUGACAUAACGCUACUCACUGUGUAUCUCCUCCAGCUUGUUUUGCUAAACUGCCCCAUUGCUGUUAUCACAUAAAAACCACGUACGAGCUGCAUUUGUAGCUUUUUAUCGACACCCAUGUAUUUUUAAAAUCACACCAUGGGUUUUGAACAGACACAUACAGCUUAGAAUAUAAUGUUAACCAUUGCUUUUUCAAGUAGAGUCACAAAAAUGAAGGUGCGUGGGUUUUUUGUUUUUUGUUUUUGGAACAGCAGUGUUACAUUGCUGAAUGCUUAUCCAUGUUGAUGUGAAGUUUUUCGAGGAUGGAAAUAGGACGCUGUCAGUAUUGCACUACUGAGUUGAUUUUGCUGCUGAGAAAGGAGCAGUGUUUUUAAGGGCAAACUGGAUAGCACUUGUGAUGGUAUCUUUUUUUUUUUUUUUUUUUUUAACAACACAAUGUUUCCUUUCCAAGGCCAUAGUGUCCGUCGAGACAUCGGUUGAAUGUAUUUCAUUGCAAUGUACAUGCGUAAGAACCUCAAGAACGGAAGGGUACCUUUAUGUUUAUUUCUGUUUGUUUUAUUUAUUAUCUGACAGCUCUAAAGCUUAGAUAUUAAUAUAAAUCGGAUACCAUGAGUUUGUUUUUUUUUUUAAAGAAGUUUAACUUUGCUGACAAAACAGCCUAAAAACCCUCACUUGCUCUAUAAAAAAAACCACAAAAAAAACAGUUCUCUCUAUAAUACGAAAAUGAAUGGUCACCAUUACUUUGGUCAGACGUUUCAGUGUGUCACUGCCGGUGCUGACCAGUUUUCAUAUCAUCAGUGUUCUACAACAAGCAUUUGGUCGAGAAGGAUUUACUUUUUAUGUGAAGGCUGUAGGUUUUAUUUAUUUAAUGUCUACUAAUUUAUUUAUUUCUAAAAAAAAACAAAAAAAAAAACUUUUAAGAGAAAUUAUUGAAAAAUUUUAUUGUCUUCUUCAAAAUCAGGAUUGGGCUACCAUUCAGUUUCAUGACUCCAAGUUAGAAGAACAUGCACUGCCACUAAUUUCAUGUUGAUUUCUUUUCCUGAACAGGCAAGAUCUAGAAAGUAAUCAUUGUGUAGUUGAAUCUGUCAUCUUGUAACAUAUAGAUAGGACAUUUUUCUUCCUUUGAUUCGAAUGUGCUCUUCACUAUUAGGUAGCAGGACUCCAUCUCCGACCUCUAAUCAUAGACAAAUUGCACUUUUUACUCAUCAUUUUAAAUGUUUGUUUGUUCAUUCUGAUGAUGUAGCUCUCGUCCUUUUUUAUUUUUUUGUGUGUGUGUGUGUAUGUAUGUGUGUGCGUUAAAUGGAUGUCUCACCAUUUUAUAACGAAUGCUGACAUUAAGAUCAUGCUGCUUGACUUUAACACGUUCUGUUUCUCCUGUUCUGCUGCAGAGAUGGCACCAAGUGUGUUUAAAUACACUACAUAAAAGGCUUGCUUAAAAUAUUUUUAGACAGAUGGCUGUGGGCAAAAAAGAUCCAACACAGACCAUCCUAUUACAGCGAAAUCUAAAUUUGAUCACUGCAGCAGCUAGUGUGUAAACAACCGUACCGUACCCUUGAGCAAGACCCAAAAAUCCCUGCCUGCUCGCUCAUUAUGAACUUUCGUGUAAAUACACAUGAAUUUGGGUGUUAUUCUGAAGAACUGUACAACUGCGCUGUGCUUCCAAAGUUAACAGACUGUUUCAUUUCAUUUUUAACCAUCCUGAAACAAACUUUCUAUAAUCCAGUUAAGUAACACUACAGCUAUAAAUGGUAUUCUUUGUAUCGAUGGAUCCAGUAUUAGUUAUAAUCUGGAUUAUCCUGCGUUAAGCAUUUGAGUGAGAAUAAGAAGGGAAUCUUGUCAGGGAGAUCAAGUGGAAAGAUCAGGAGUUUACAGUACACAACUCUAAAACAAAACGUCCACAUGAGACAUUUGUAUUUUAAUCUGGUUGUCCAAGAUGUGUCUAAUCUGUAUAUAUUUGUGUUACAUGUCCUGUUUGUUGGUUUGACUUGUGUUUGUACAUUCCAUUUGUUGAGUCCAAGUUAAUAUGUUUGUACGUAAACAACACUUGGCCAUGUAACAUCAUAGGUUUUGAGGGAAUUAAGUACAUAGACAGGAUAGUAGCGUCUGUCAUAUACUACUGUAGUUAUGCAUGAGCAAUACACAAGAUGCUGGACUUUGCUUUCAUUUACAAGGUGAAUCACAGAUGUAACACUCGCGCUAUAUUUUGUAGAAUUUUACAGUUGAAAUCAUAACCAAGGUACCAUAGAAAUCCUGCCAACUGUCUU